UAAAUAGCGCGUCAGUUUCAGUUCAACUCUUGUCGCGUUCGGAUCGCAAAUUUUCGCGAGUGUCUUGUUUCGGCACAGAACUACAAAUUAUCCACAUACUAUAAAAGCCGUUCGAUUGUUGGCUGUUGCAGUGUGUAAUUUUUCAAUUCUCGCGGGUACUUCUAUACAGUAUUCACUAACUAGUGUGUGGCAGAGUUUCGACGAAGAGAGACACAAAUAAGCUACAAUCAUGAGUUCAUCGCAGUACUUUCCAUUCCAAUGCACACCCACCGUCUACCCGGCCGAUCCAUUCGAUGCUGCUGAAGAUGCCGCGACUCUACGUAAAGCCAUGAAGGGAUUCGGAACCGAUGAGAAAGCAAUCAUCGAAGUUUUGGCCCGCCGUGGCAUUGUUCAACGUUUGGAGAUCGCUCAGGCGUUCAAAACAGCAUACGGUAAGGAUCUGAUUAGCGAUCUGAAGUCGGAGUUGGGCGGAAAGUUUGAGGAUGUCAUCUUAGCCCUGAUGACUCCUUUGCCACAGUUCUAUGCCAAGGAACUGCACGAUGCCAUCUCUGGAAUCGGAACCGACGAGGAAGCUAUCAUCGAAAUUUUGUGCACACUGUCGAACUACGGUAUCAAGACCAUCGCCGAGUUCUACGAGCAGUUGUACGGGGUUUCGCUGGAGUCAGAUCUGAAGGGCGAUACCAGUGGAGCGUUCAAGCGUUUGUGUGUCUCUGUGGUGCAGGGUAAUCGCGAUGAAAAUACCGGUGUCGACGAAGGUUCGGCUGCUGCCGAUGCCCAGGCUCUAUUUGAAGCCGGCGAGGGUCAGUGGGGAACUGAUGAAUCGAUCUUCAAUCAAAUUCUGGUCACCAGAUCAUAUCAACAGUUGCGAGCUGUGUUCGAAGCAUACGAAAGUAUUGCCGGGCAUACGAUUGACGAUGCCAUCAAGCGUGAGUUUAGCGGUGCUGUCGAGGAAGGCUUCAAGGCCAUCGUCCGUUGCGUCCGAUCGAAGGUACAAUACUUUGCCAAGCGUCUGCACAGUUCUAUGGCCGGACUCGGAACCAACGAUAAGACGUUGAUUCGUAUUAUCGUUAGCCGCUCGGAGAUUGAUUUGGGCGACAUCAAGGAAGCGUUCCAGGAGAUGUACGGAAAGUCGCUCGAGUCGUGGAUUAAGGAGGAUUGUGGCGGUGAUCUGGGAGAUCUGUUGGCAACACUUGCUUCCUACUAAUGUUGCCUGUUUCCGUUAGAUGUGUCUGUCUAAUUUAAAGAACCGAAGUCGUGCUCUCACCAAAACUUUUUUUUAACACAUUGAAAUUAAGCAAUUUUUUCAAAUAACGUCCGUUUUCAUCUGGUUUAGGGCGGCUUAAGCUUGACAUAUUUAGACUUAAACCUUAGGGCAUUGCAUUUUACCAUAUCUGUUUGUUCUUCCCUUACCGUAGGAGGACUUGGGAAGCGACUUGGGCGAUUUGCUUGCCGAGCUGGCUUCAUACUAAGCACGCGGAAUAACCUUAGAGAUUCAGCACUCAUUUGGAAAGAUAUAAAUGUGCAACAAUCUGUGUUUAUGCAGAAACAGGAAGAUAUUCAUUACUGUUUAACUUUAGAUGCGUUUGAUCUGAUAGUAUUGUUUUAAACUAUUUUCAACUAUCGUAUGAAAAGAUCUGUCCACAUAUAGUAAGUCACAUCGAUAAAGUUUUGGUCUAAGCCUAAUAAAAGUAAAUGUUUAUGUUUGAAA